GUACCCUUAAGUAGGAUGAGUUGGGAAUCAAGAUUUACAAAAGGGAACAAAUAUAAGGCUUCAACAUUAGGAAGGAAUACUGCAGUCAUGAUUUGUACAAGCACUCUAAUUUUGUUCUGGCUUCACUUUGUUAUCGGUACCGCAAUAGAGAAGCCGGUACCGACAUUUGAGGCAUUUCGACCGAUUGGAAUUCGCGUCACUAUGCCUCACGUUGAUGGUUUAACCGAAUUUUUCUUGUGGGGCAACAUUAAUGUGCCACUUGAGGGUCAAGAUUUGGGCAGCAUUCAAUUAAAAACGUACGAACAAACCGACGGACAGUGGGUAAUUGAAGAUAUGAGCGUGAAAUUGAAUCCCGGUGAUACCAUCUAUUAUACGUUUUUUGUCAACAUUAAUAAUGAGGUCCAUAGGUAUGAACGUCAGCAGUAUACCGUAGAAGCGCUGGUACAACGGGUAGAGCGGGUACAAUUGAGUACCUACGAGGAUACCUGCUUGAACGACGUAAUUGCACUCAAGUUUAUUGAAGAUGGAAUGGCCAUUAUAAGGAAAGGUCAGGAUGGUGAGGAAAAGGAAACGAUUGUGUCAACGCGUCCCGUUGCAAUUACAAUCGAAAAGGGUCGCAUUGAGUUUGGGAAGAGUGGCAGCAAGAAGUGUUAAGGUGUCUUUAUUUAUUUUGUAGUAAUUGAAUAAAUGUUAAUUUAGAAGUCCUCAAA